AUUGGUUUGUAUUUUCAGUGCACAUAUUCCUCUUCGUCAAUCACUACGAGCUAUAUUUUGAGAUGUUCUUUCGUCAGUCUCUUCACUAGUCGUUUCCGGCAUCGAAAUCGUGCACAUCGAGGCUCACAUUGUCCAAAAAUGCCGGAACGAACACCCCCGAUCGUGCUCGCUCCCUCCGCGUCACCACAAGAUCCUGCCAAAUCCGCUGCUUUCAUAUUCGUUCACGGCCUUGGAGACGAUGCCGAAGGUGUUGAAUCUAUUGCGCGUCAAUUCCAGACUGCUGGAAAGCUACCGUACAUGUCAUGGGUCCUUCCUAACGCCCUCCACAAUCACGACGUCAUGUCUACAGGUUGGUAUGCGCCUACAGGACUCUCACCCUUUCCACCGUCAAGACCAGAGCUGGAAGACGAGGAAGACGAAGAGGGCAUCACAUCCAGCGCGCAGUAUCUGGUAUCAUUGAUCGAUGACUUGGUCUCGCAAGGUGUUCCAGAGAGGCGGAUUGUGCUGGGGGGAUUCUCGCAAGGCCAUGCGAUGGCGCUGUUCACGGGCUUGACAUCCAGCAAAUACUCAGGCAGGCUGGGUGGACUUGUUGGCCUGUCUGGUUACCUACCGUUGAUCGAAAGGAUUCCGAAGCUGAGGGAGGCAGCCGGGUUACCCGAGAAAAUCAACCACGACGUGCAGGUAUUCAUCGCCAGAGGGACGAAAGACAUGCUCGUGCCCAGGCGGUACCUGACGCUGUGUUCGAAUGGCUUGUUAGAUUGCGGCGUCAAGCAGGAGCACUUGACGGUGAAAGAGUACGACGGCAUGGGGCAUAUUAUGGGUGGCGCAGAGCUGCGAGACCUUUGUACGUGGCUAGAGACAGUUGUGCCGCAGUUAUGAAUUUCUGUGAUGUCGAUUUGACGGACCUGCGCAGGGAGACCGAGC